CAAAUGGCGGCUUCAACGGUUUUGGUCGUCUUUCAAGGAGUUUGCUCGUGGUGAAAUGGCGACAUGAGGCUGCGUGAUGGAGUGUCAAAAUAGGGGGAAGCUAACUGAAGUUAUCCUUCACCAUUUGGAGAGAGGCCAACUGCAUGGAAUGGCGUCGAUUAAUGCGGAUGAAUCGGAGCACGUGUCAAACUCAUUCUAUGGAGGACCAAGUGUCUGCGGGUUUUCGCUCCACCCUUGUACUUGAUUAAUGAAUUAACAACACUAAUUAGCCGACUCAGAUUAAGAGGCCGUUAACAUCAACAGUGAGGACAAACCCAGCCUGCUUCUCCUUCCACACUGAGUCCAAACCUACAGUCACUGGGUCCUGAUUGUAACAGUGGAGCCCAGUUUGCACUGCAGGAUCCAGAGAUGGCAUCAAUGAAUCUGGAAGACUGCAGUCAAACACUGGAGCUGAAUGUCAUUAUUAAAGAUGAAGAAGAGGAGGAGGAGAUUGGUACAUCUGUUAGUCAUGGAGACCAUGUUGAGACAUUCUCUACAUCCAGAGAGCAACAGCAGGAAGGUCACAGAGCUAAGAGGUCUCACCACUGCCCACAUUGUGAGGAAAUUUUCCCAAUUCUAUCAAAGCUAAAAAUACAUCUAAAAAUACACACAGGUGAGAAGCCUUACUCCUGCUCCGACUGUGGGGGGAGAUUCUCCCGAUUGGAUACCUUAAAAUGUCACCACCGAAUACAUACAGGAGAGAAGCCUUACUCCUGCUUUGACUGUGGUAAAUGCUUUAAAACAUCAACUGAGCUAAAAUCUCAUCAGCGAAGACACACAGGAGAGAAGCCUUACUCCUGCUCUGACUGUGCAGAGAGUUUCUCCAGAUUGGAUACCUUAAAAUGUCACCAACAAAUGCAUACAGGAGUGAAGCCUUACUCCUGCUCUGAAUGUGGAAAGAGUUUCUCUCAACAGGGCAACUUAAAAACACACCAACGUAUACAUAAAGGAGAGAAGCCUUACUCCUGCUCUGACUGUGGGAAAGGCUUUAAAACAUCAACUGAGCUAAAAUCUCACCAGAGAACUCACACAGGAGAGAAGCCUCACUACUGCUCUGACUGUGGGGCGAGUUUCUCUCAAUUGAGCAAUUUAAGAAGACACCAACGUAUACAUAAAGGAGAGAAGCCUUACCACUGCUCUGACUGUGGGACGAGUUUCUCUCAAUUGAGCAACUUAAAAACGCACCAACGCAUACAUAAAGGAGAGAAGUUCUCUCAGACCAGCUAAGAUUAAAGUCACUCCAUCACUUAAUUUUCAUUUGAUAAAGGAAGUGGUAACAGUGAAUUUGAUCAAAUGAAGAAAGCGUAGAACACUCGAUUGAAAUCCUAUUGUUUCUCACUGUGAGAGAACUGUGCAGAGGAAAAGGAGUGUUAUAGAAUGUUAACCUCUCUUUACUUUACUGAUCAGUGUGCACCUUGUCAGUUUUGGUGUGUUUUGUUAGAUUCUACUGUAAACAUGUUGAGAUUACCUGGAUUUUCCCUUAGCGUUGAAAACCCUCUGAGGGAUCACUUGUUAAAACAAUGCAGUGUGAUGGUUGACUGGGUGGUACGGCUUCCUUCUGCAGUUUUCCGUUGGAAUGAGUUUGUAGACACAACAUGUAUCAGAUAGAGAUGGGGUGAUGAUCAGUUUUCACCACUAGUUUGGGUAUAUUAUUUUUGCUAUUAAUCAACUUUGUUUAAUGAUAAACAGGCUUUGAAACAUCAACACUGAAAAAAAUAUAUAUAAAUGCAUCAUGUUUUUAUUUUUUAUUUAACCAGGUAGGCUAGUUGAGAACACCUUUAUUUAACCAGGUAGGCUAGUUGAUAACAAGUUCUCAUUUGCAACUGCGACCUGGCAACAUGUGAAGUGUUGGUCCCAUGUUUCAAGACCAGAAAUGUUCCAUAUGCACAAAAAGGGUAUUUCUCUCAAAUCCUGUGCUCAAAAUUGUUUCCAUCCCUGUUAGUUAGCAUUUUUUCUUUGCCAAUAUAAUCCAUCCAUCUGACAGAUGUGGCAUAUCAAGAAGCUGAUUAAACAGCAUGAUCAUUACACAGCUGAACCUUGUGCUGGGAACAAUACAAGGACAGCCUAAAAUAUGCACGUUUGUCACACAACCCAAUGCCACAGAUGUCUCAUGUUUCAAGGGAAUGUGCAAUUGGCAUGCUGACUGUAGGAAUACCCACCAGAGCUGUUGCCAGAUAAUUGAAUGUUAAUUUCCCUACAAUAAGCUGCC